AGAGUUUGUGUUUUGAUAUAAUAUAAUACGAGUAUCUCAAAGACGCGUUGUGGGCUAUACAGAGGAACUUGGUCUGGUCUAAUCGAAUAAAUUUUGGGUCCGUCAGUCCGUAGUUCCAACCGAAUAUUGGCUGUUCGGUCGUUACAGUUCUCAAACGAACAGUAAUCUCAAGUGACAAAUUCUGGAAUGCCUGGAAAGUGCAAUAAGGCCAACGAAAACUUGGCACUGGGCCACGGAGAAAUGCAAUCGGAUGCACCUACAGAGGUACGGCAAGUCAAAUUAGAUGCAUUUUCAUGUCAUGGCUCUAAUGUUAGUUUAGUAAGUAGACAUAGCAAAGUUAGCUCUAGGAUUACCUUAGCAGAGUUAAAAGAAAAACAAUUAUUAGAAAUGAGAGACUUGAAAGAUAGACAGAGGAAGCAACUACUGUGCUUUCAGAGAGAGUUUGGGUCGUUAAGGCUGAACGAAAGCACGUGUAGUAAGUUAUCUUCUGUUUCUAAGUGUGAUGACAGAGAAAAGGAGCACGUUCACAGGUUCGUAAGUCCUUCUCAUGACCUUAGGAUAAAGUCUCUAGAAAAGUCCAAACUGCUAGAUUAUCCAGGAAUGAAGAAGAAGGAAGUGACCUUGGAAUCUCCAAGUGUAGGUCUUGAACUUCCAACAGUAGAGCGCGAUGUCUACUUCGAUGAAAGUUACAAUAUUGUUCCUUUACCUAGAGGAGUGGCUGAGGAAGACAUUGCUGCCUCUGUUAUUGGCAAUGAGUCUGGUAUGUGUAAAGCUGGCUUCACCAAAAAUGGUGCUGCCAGAGCCGUAUUACCCUCUAUUGUUGGAAGAACUAGACAUCAAGUAGUGACUGUGGGAAUGGAUGGAAAGGACAGUCAUGUGGGAGACGAUGCUCGAUCGAAACGUGUUAUCCUGACACUAAAGUACCGAAUUAAACAUGGUAUUGCGACUAAGUGGGGUGAUAUGGAGAAGAUAUGGUACCACACAUUCUACAAAGGGUUGCGAGUGGCAAGAGAGAAACAUCCGGUGUUGUUGAGAGAAGUUUCAUUGAACCCGAAGGCAAACCGUGAGAUGACAAGGAUCAUGUUUGAGACUUUUAAUACACCAGGUACGUGUGCUGCUACUCAAACGGUGUUGUCACUAUGUACAUCUGGUCGUACAACUGGUAUAGUGUUGAACUUAGGUGACGGUGUGACCCACACAGUUCCGAUUUAUGAAGAUUAUGCGUUGCCUUAUACUGUUUUUGGACUGGACCUUGCUGGUAGAGUUCUUGCCGACUUUAUGAUGAAGAUCCUGACUAAGACAGGUUGCAGUUCCUCUGUCUAUUCGUGGAACAUACUCAGGCGCAAACCACCGGACAUCGUUUUACUCUAUAGUAAAUCUAGAGUAGCACCUAUAAAACAGGUAACUGUGCCUAGACUGGAACUAGCAGCGGCAGUAUUGAGUGCUAGAAUAGGGGACGUUUUAAAUAAGAACCUUCCUCAUGUGUUUGACAAGACUCACUUCUGGACGGAUUCUAUGAUAGUACUGUACCAUAUAAAAAAUACAGAUAGUAGGUAUUCCACCUUCGUGGCUAAUCGUCUGGCCGCUAUUCAGCAUUUAACAUCUGUGGACCAGUGAGGGCAUGUAGAAUCCAAUGAAAAUCCUGCUGACUGGACAUCACGAGGCAUACGGAAGGAGCUAGCUUUAAAGAACUGGAUUGAGGGUCCUUCCUUCUUAAGGAAGAGGGAGUCGGUAGGAACACUGACGCUUAUGUGCAAAAACCCCUCGGAAAACGUUGAAUUUAUAAGAUGCCACACGACCAACGCAUUUGCGCUAAAACAUAGCUCAAGUCCAAUUCUGCUAUAUCACUCAAAUUUGAUAAAGCUGAUUAAAGCGGUAGCAUGGCUCAGAAGAUACGUGACCUAUAUAACCAUCAUGUACUUCCAUCACGAUGACAGGUCCCUAAGUGUGGGCUAUCUGUCAGUUUAUGGAUUGGAUGCAGCUGAACACAAGGUAUUAGCCUUAGUGCAAAAGGAAGUGUAUGGGGAAGCAGUGAAAGUGUCUCGAUGCAAUGGCGUAAGCGCAACUGAUAUAAAAGAGCUAAAAAAUCUUUCACCUACGCUAAUCGAUGGAUUGCUUUGUGUCGGCGGACGAUUAAAUUACUCGGAUUAUCCACUCUCAAUCAGACAUCCGGUAAUUUUGCCCAGUCAUCACUUCGUAACAGAACUUAUUAUUAGACACCAUCACCACCUAGAAGGUCACACCGGUACAUCACAAGUGUUAGCUACCAUACGACGAAAUUAUUGGAUUGUUAAAGGAACCAGUGCAGUUGAACGAGUGAUAGGUAGAUGUGUGAGGUGUAUACGCGCGAAAGCCAAAUUAGACCAACAGAUGAUGGCACCUCUCCUCAAGUGUCGAGUGCAGCAAGGCUGGUUUUGCUUCUCCUCCGUCGGGAUAGACUAUUUUGGGCCGUUGAUAGUUCGUCGGGGAAGAAGUGAGGAAAAAAGAUAUGGAUGCCUAUUUACGUGUCUCCAAACACCGGCCGUACAUUUGGAAGUAGCUUUCAAUUUGAGUACUGAUGCUUUUAUAAUGGCUUUAAUACGUUUCAUCGGAAGACGAGGAACUCCUAAGGAAAUCUAUAGCGACAAUGGAACUAACUUUGUCGGGGCUACUUCCGAAUUACGGGCUAAUAUGAGUGUGUGGGACAAGCAUAGAAUAAACGACUUAACAGUAUCAAAGGGUAUACGCUGGCAUUUCAACCCCCCACUAGCUAGCCAUCGAGGCGGAGUUUGGGAGAGAUUAAUACGGUCUGUUUGAAGAAUCUUACUAUCUAUUUCCGACGGGCAAAUAUUACACGAUGAUAGUUUGGCAACUUAUUUUGUGGAGGUAGAACGAAUUUUAAACAACCGCCCAAUCGUUCCUGUGACGUCAGAUGAAAAGGAUGAUUUGGCGCUCACGCCAAACACUUUGUUAUUACUUAGAGACUGUGAUGGUUUAGGAAUGGAGUGUAGUGUUGCGGAUAGGUAUUCAAAGCGAUGGAGACAGGUUAAUUGUUUAGCCAAUACCUUCUGGCGUCGAUGGAUAAAAGAGUACAUUCCUUUACUGCAAGUGAGGCAGAAAUGGUUUUGCAAACACAGAAACUUGAAAGAAGGUGAUGUAGUUCUAGUGGCUAACGAUGCAACUACUCGGGGCUCAUGGCCAAUGGGACGGGUUGAUAAGUGCGAGACAGACAGAGAUGGGUUGGUAAGAACAGUGAUGGUGCGAAUGAAAGAAGGUAUAAUAAGAAGAGAUGUGCGGAAGCUCUGCCUUCUAGAGGGAGCCGAGUAAUUGUAGAUUGUAGCUUAGAUUUAUGGAUGUACAGGCGUACUGUUGUAAGUCCUGUACCUCCCAUUGAUAUAGAGCAGUUAGUAAGGAGAGCCAUGACGGAAAUGUAAUCUAAGGUGUCUUUGCGAAGCUGGAGGGAUUUUGGGGGCCGGUGUAACGGAAAGAGAACAGUGAAAAUCCCUCUGCAGCUUCUUUGUUGAACAGUAUUUUCAUUUAUUUGUUCCUUCUCCCUUUUGUGUAUUCCAACCUUUGUUUCGAUCUCGUUUAACCGUGUCUUUUGUUCUUCAGUCUUCCCCGUUUGAGCCUUUAUUACGUGAUUUUGAUUAAAGACUUAUUUUUGUUACCUAAUUUUCUAUUGCAUGUUGCCGGACCAUUGACAGUAAGGUUGUGUUUGACUAAGCUCAAGGUCACGGCGUGGUUCAGUUUGUGACUGUUAACCUUCUGACUGUCUGCUUGGGAGGAUUGCUGCAAUCCCUGCGGAUAGACAUUUGAUCCCAUCUGAUUGGGAAUAUUUGUAUUGAUUCUCAGCGCGCUACUUCGCGUUAGAGAAACUUCUGACUGUAUAGCACAGGCUGUACCGUUUGAGGUAUUUUGUAUUUUUGAUGUAAUUCGUUCUGUUUUCUUAAUUAGAACCGUUUAUAUUGAGCACAGAGUUUGUGUUUUGAUAUAA